AAUAAUCAAACACAUGGAGUGAGUUCAAGACCGCUGUUCUUCGAACAAGCACAAAAUCUUGCCGAUUCCGAACUCCGAGUACGCAUCACGAUAACUGGUUCGAGGUACAAGAACUGCAAGUAGUGUGAUUCAAGAACAGGCACGUUUGUGCGCACAUGUUCUCAUCAUUAGUGACUCUAACACAGGAGUUCGUAACACUAUAGCUUAUGACUCGGUCAAUCGAGUAAAUUUUAUUGACUUUAUUGAUAAAAUUUCGACUACUGUGACUCCAAGAACUGAGCAGGAAAACAACUGUCCUCGAACGUCGAUAUCGAACAUACUUAUGGACGUUUAUAAAAGAAUUAGCUCGGGGUUACUUUAUGCUUCUGGAGAUCUUGAAUGCAAAAUAAAGUAAUUAAAGUCCUGAAGAUGGAGACGGACAUGAGCUUAAGUUUUAUCGAUCAUUUGGAGAGGAAGGAAAGCUUUCCAGAGCGACCAAAAGUCCAGUCUCCAGACAAAAAGAAAAUGUUUGUACUGGAGGAUAUCAAAAAUGACAUGAAUGGCAAUCCAGAUGUGGUGAAAAAUGUGGAAGGUAACAAAGUUGUAAGGGAUGACUCUGAGGCUUUGCUGGAAGAGCUCCGUCGUUCUGACAAUACUAUAGGUAUGGAGAACAGAGUUCAAAUAUCCCAAUCACUAGAAGAUUCAGGAUUUGAAGAGAAGGCGGGCAGACCAGAAGCAGAGCGCAUUGUCAUGAAUGGUUGUGAGGACAGAAAUUUGACAACUUCUUCAGAUAACAGAGAGAGUACAAAGAAAUCCAGCUCCCUGUAUGAAUUUACUAGUGCCUCAUCCAUGUUCUUGUCUUACGAAAAAGUCUACAAAGGUACUGAAACUUCAACAGAUGAGAAGAGAGAUGCUGUGGUGACUGAAGCUGUUCAAUCUCCAUUGUCCUUGCAAUCAGAAAUGAUUAAGCAAAGCGUCCAGAAGAAUCAAGACACCUCCCAUACUCAACAGUAUUUAUGUCCUGGUGAUCCCAGUGUUUCCUUAGAAGAAAAUGAGGAGAAGGUCAUCACAGAUUUAAACCCCAAAUCAGACAAGUCUGUCACCAGCCAUUCUGAUGUUCAACUACAUCCUGUGGAAGUGGAAAGAAAGUUCAAAGUCACAGCAGACACCAAGAUUAAACUAGUAGAGUUUGGUGCUGAACUUCAUAAGGAAAGGGCCUUUCUUGACAGAUACUAUGACAACCCAGAUUAUUCCCUCACUUUAAAAGAUUGCUGGCUACGGCAAAGGAAUGGCUCUUGGGAAUUAAAGGUUGUAAGUGGAAAAUUAAUAAAAUUAGCUUCCCAAUAUCAAGAAAUUACAAAAAGUAAUGAGAUAGUAGAUUUUUUAGUCAACCAUUUCCAUAGAGCAGACCUCAGUAAUGUACCAAUCAACCAAGUUAUACAGAGACUGAACUUAGAACCUUUUGUGGAGUUUACAACAACGAGGCAAACUUACUUCCUCCCAGAAUGCACUAUUGACUUAGAUCUAACAGAUUUUGGGUACCAGGUUGGAGAAAUUGAAGUCAUGGCAUCAGACACGUCACAGAUCCCACGAGCCCUCAACACCAUCACCCUGAUGGCUGAGAAGCUUGGAUUUGAGAGUUUUCAGAUGUAGGAGGGAAAAACAUGUCUUGGUGCAAGAAGUGUAACAGGUUUAAAUAAUGAAGUUUGUGCCGGGAAGAUUCCACACUAUCUAUAUGACAACCACCACCACCUAUAUACACGACUCCUGGACAGUGGCAUCAUACCUCCUGUGGAAGAAAUCUAGACGUGAUUAGCUUCAUCCAUGUAACCCAUGUAUAACCAAACACAGAUAUGCAUGCUUUAUAGUUCAGUUAUAUACAACUCCACUGCUGUAGAUGGAAUAAAGCUUCAUCCAUGUAAUCAAAGACGGCGAUAUCUUCGAUAUUCAUGCUUUAUAUCUUAGAUUAAUUCAGGGGUGGCACACCGUAUGUGUACUGAUGUUAGUGGUGCUCAUAAUGUGCCACAGUAGAAUAGUAUAGCAGUGAUAGAGAGCAGUAGUGAUGGUGCUAAUUUAGAUCUGAGCUUAGUAUCCGUGACAAUCGUUUGGCACAGAUUUUGGAAUAAGCUAGAAUUAGUGCACAUACAGUGGUGUCACUUCCGUAUACUUGUAUAUGAUUUAGUUCAGUAUAGGAUUAAGUUUACAUUCACAAGAUACUAACAAAUGAGGGGAAUAUGAAUUGUUGAUUGUAAAGAUAUGACAAUCGCGAAUGAGGUUGUUAAUUGUUAUCAUUGCUCUGUUGAUUUUAUUUUAUGGUGAAAAUUAUUUUGUUGGUUUAUAAAGUUCAUCUUUUUUUUUUUUGUCAAUGUUUUUUAUUCAUUUUAUUUCUAUCAUUUAGAUAUAUGUUUUUACAUUUAUUACACAUUUUCAGAAAUAUUUGCUGUAAAAUCAAGCCCAUUUAGAUUCUUGUAUAAAGAGAAAUUUCACCCCAUGUUAUUUUCACCCAACGAUAUUUGAACAUGAUUUUACCCAGAUUUCAAUUUACCCAAAGUUGUGUCUUGCUGCUUUUAGUAAAUGUAUAGUCACCCAGAUAUAAAAUCACCCAUUUAGGGUAAUGGUGAAAUGUGUGAAAAUAAAAUGGGAACAAAAUUUACUCUGUAUGUAGUAUUGCGUCUAAACUGUAACCUUGAAUGAAAAUCUUGAAACUUUGUUCUAACACACCAUUAAGCAUGGUGUGUGGCAUAUUGGUAGAAUUAAACUGCUAUUCUUAAAUUUGUUAGCACACUUCUUUUGAUCUUUGAGAAAUGACUUUUAUAUAGAGAAUGAGUUGAAUUGUCUAAUGAAUUGUUCUUCAACAGUCUUGUGCUUUCUUGCAAUGCUUGCUAUCUGUCUCAAUAUAAUGUGUCCACCUGUAGUCAUCUUUUACCUUUAUGGAUGAUCAUUGAUGCCACAUUGUGUAUUUGCAAUCAAGAUCUGGUGUAUCUGCAGAAUUUAAUGUUGAAUAAUGAUCUGUGAUACUGUUGUAUGCUUUUGUAUGUAUAUAUUUAUUGCCAAUUCCCUCCGAUUUCUUGUUGUAAUAAAUUAAUACAUGUAUCUUUAGUAUCUUUACAAUGUGUUCAAAACGAUUCAUCUUAUUUGAGUAUCUCUACUUUUGUAUCUGAUUUAUGUGUACUUGGCAUAAACUUUGGGACUUUGUCAUAAUGAAAAACUUUAAUUAAUUUGUUUUCACUCCAGUCUUUAUGUGUUGUACAUUGUACAUACAGCUGAUACUAGAGUACCUUUUCAGUUGAUAAUACUUUUCUAUUGGAUCUCUUUCCAUUAUUAAAUAUUUAUGCCUGGCA